CUCUAAAAUUACGUCUUCCGCAAGAGCUAAAUCAAGCCGCCACUAGCGCGGGGCAGCAGCUGGGCCUAGCAGCGAUGUGGGCCGUAACACAGGACGUGUCGUCGGCGGCAAUCGCCAACCUAAAGGAUACACAUGGAGGAUCUUUCCAUUCCAGGGUCACGGCGACGAUCGACAAACUUCCUGACAAGGUUUUGCUGCUCAUUUUUUCCUACCUACCCCAAAGAGAAAUCGGCCGUCUGGCACGGGUAUGCCGCAAGUGGCGUAUGGUAUCCGCGGAUUCGCGGCUCUGGAGCCACGUCUCACUGCGGCCCGAAGUGUCCGGCCUGCACGUCUCCAGCAUCGAGAAGCUUCUGGCACUGAUUUCGGUGCGGUUCGGGCCAUCGCUUCGCUACAUCGAAUUGCCUAUCGAGCUCAUCACGCACACUGUCCUUCAUGAGCUCGGCAACAAAUGUCCCAACUUGACGCACAUGUUGCUCGACUUCUCGACCGCCAUGCAGUUGCACGAUUUCAACGAUCUUCACACUUUCCCGACCAAGCUGCGCGUCAUGUGCAUCUGCCUCUCGGAAGUCAUCUUCAUGGAAGGUUUCAUGCGAAAGAUUUACAACUUCAUAAAUGGAAUUGAAGUAUUGCACUUGAUCGGAACCUACGAGAAAGUGGAAGAGGAAGAAGAAGAGAUCUACGAAGUAAUCAACAUCCACAAGCUGAAGAGCGCCGUCCCCAAUCUGCGUUGCGUCAACAUGUACGGUAUCGCUUUCGUGGACGACAGCCACGUGGAAGCCUUCAGCAGCAACUGCAUUCAGCUCGAAUGUCUGUGCCUCAAUUUCUGCACCAAGGUCACGGGAUCGACGCUCAAGCUUCUGUUCCAGAGAUGCAAAAAGCUGCGCACACUUCUCAUGCAACAGACAGGUCUAAAAGCAGAACAUCUUAUGGCACUGGACUGGGAAAACACGGGACUCCAAGAACUAGACAUAACAGCAACCGAGCUGCCCACGGAAUGCCUGAGUGACCUGCUCGCGCGACUCCCCGGCUUGCGCUAUCUGAGUGCUGGUCAACAGGACGGCUUCAACGACCAGGUCUUGAAGGACUGGAUGGAGAAAGGCAACGUGAAAAACCUGAUGGCCCUCGACCUGGACCGCAAUGAGAACCUUUCCGAGGAGGCCCUCCUCAAACUGAUUCGUCUGCAGGGAAACUGUCUCCAGGGCCUCGUCUUGUCGGGGAUCCCCCACUUGGGAGAGCAGUUCUGGGCUACUUCAAUACCCAUGCUCAAGAGUAUUCGAAUCCUUGUGGCAGGCAUGUCCACCGGAUGCUGCAAGAAGAUCCACCAGAAAGUCCACGUGGACUCUAUGCUGGACGCCAUUGCCAACAACUGUCCCGACAUCGAAAGACUGGAGAUCGGUUGGGACAGCGAAACGCUCCGUUUCAGCGAUCGCAGCAGCAAGGCCAUCGAUACAGUUCGAGUCAAGUGCCUCCACUUGCGAUGUCUGGUCCUCUGUGACGGAAAGUACUUUGAGCUGGUCAAGUCCAACUUUGACCGAGCUGACCGUCAUACUCUCGUUCGCUCGACGACCAACUGCAGGGUGUCCAUUGUGUACCUCCUGUCCUGCUUUAGGGAUCUCGUAUUCAAUUAGCUCUCGCCUCGUAUUGUCCGACCCGUAGUGUUUCUCAUUCUGCUGUGAUAAAUGCGCCUCACAAAGGG